UGUCCCUUUUCAGCUCCCUUAGUUGUUCUGGCUAAGCUAACCAGUGGCUAACACACUAGCCAUUAGUUAUCUUCUAAAGUUGACCACAGGAGUAAAAAAAACAGUCAACAUUAGCGAAGUUUGUCAACAACCAGGUUGGAGAAUAUGGUCGUGAAUCUCUGCCUGCCACAUUUCAGUACAACAAUCCAUUGCAACAAGCUGUGUGCAGAUGGGUAUGAUGUUACAAACCUCGUGUCGGCCGACCCUGCUCUCCGGAGGCGGGGCUUUAAGCUGGAGUACUUCCUACGUCCACCAGUACAGGUGACGUUGAAGUUUGGCUUCCAGGUGGAGCUGUGCAGGGUGGAUGUGGAGCUGUGGCCCUGGGGUAUGGAUCGAGGACAAGCCUGCAAGAAACUAGAGAUCAGCACCAGCUCUGAUCCGCUACCUUCCCUGAAUUAUGGCAAGGGUCAAGGCCAUGAACAGGGCCAGCGAAAGGAACAAAUGCAUAUGCAGGUACAGAACCGGGAAAAAGAACAAGAAUGUGGUAAUAAAUCUCACCAGUUUAACGGACAGCAGUGGAGUGUUCAAGCCCAAAGUUGGGGUGAAGAGGCUCUGGAUCGGAAGUCCAAAGAGCGUGCUCAGUCAAACACUCAAUCCAGUAGUUCUGAGGCUGAGUUUAAACUGGUAGGUCGUUGCGAGCUGAGGGAGGAAACCCAAAUCUGUUUCUCGCGUUCACAUUUUUGUCCCCGGCCUCCGUUCCUCUCCGCUCCGCCUCCGCAACCUGCCAACUGUCGGCAGGAGGAGUUGUGGAACCGGGGUCUGCUUUCAUUAGGCUCUGUUACGCAACUUCGUGUGUCUGUGCCACUUGGCGGUGCUGCAUCUGCGCUGGGGCUCAAGGCUUUGUCUGUUUGGGGACAACCUGCUCGCUGCUGCCCCGCAGAAGAAGUGGAGAAAAUCAAAAGAGCACAUGAGGCCAGUGAAAGACGACUGCCACGACCUGCAUUUUUUGGUCCCUCUGUAAGUCAGACUAAACAGCCACUGCAAGCAACAACAACUCCAAGCAAUCAUUCGAUCCCGGAAGAGUUCCUUGACCCCAUAACUCAGGAGGUGAUGACGCUGCCCAUGCUGCUGCCCAGUGGUGUGUCAGUAGACAAUGCUACCCUGGAGGAGUACCAGAAGAGGGAAGCCACCUGGGGUCGACCCCCAAACGACCCUUUCACUAGUGUCCCGUUCACUGCGACCUCCCAGCCUCUCCCCAAUCCCCAGCUGAAAAGCCGCAUUGAUCACUUCAUCCUGCAAAGUGGCAAUGUGUGGAGGGACAAGAUGUUGGGGAGACAAGGGAAGCGAGAGAAUCCAGAGCCCUCAAGGCUCAUUGCUUCUGUGGUAGAAAGAGAGUCCCAAAACAACUCUCCAUGUCCCAGUAAAAGCUCUGUAAACAGUAAAACUAUUCAGUAUAAUGCUGGCACCAGAAACACAAACAGGACUACACAAAUAGAAGAAACUGAAUCAGGACAUUCAUCAGGAAAUGGGAAUUACACAUGUGACGCCCAGCCUCUUACCAAAGAUAGCAAAUUAGAGUUUGAUAGGAGGAAGAAACGAGAUCUAAGUGGAUUUCUUAAAGAGUCAACAGAAGAGUUGACAGCUGAGAAGCAACUACUACCUCAAACAAAAAGACCAAGAAAUGAUACAGCCUCAGUUCCUAGCUGCAGCUCUCAUGAGCAGCGUUUGUCAGCCAGCCUGGACGAGGCCCUCUUCUCCGCCCUGAGAGGCCGACCUUCCUUCACCUCAAAUCUGUCAUUGCAGCAACAAGUUACUCCUGACUCUGAGUCACUUGACAGCUCACAGCAGUGCCAGACUGCAGGCAGUUCAAGCAUGCCAACAGGUGAGAAAACGUGCUCCGCGUGUUCCUGCGUUGUUUCCGUUUACUCCACAUCGGCAUCACCCGUCUACCAACUAACCUGUGGUCACUUGCUCUGCCGUGCCUGCCUGCGGAGGGGAUCACAACCACUAAACUCUGUCACCACAGUUACAUCCAAUCACAUCUUAUGCCCUGCCUGCCAAAGCCCGAUCUCUCGCAGUGAUAUCACACGUGUGCAUCACUGACAGAUGGCGUAAAAAAAAAAGACAAACCUUAAAGGCCUGUGAAGAAAUGCGGGGGAGUGUCCUCAAGGUGAAGACAGAAUUGUAUUUGAAAUGUGGUGUUUUAGUUUUACAGCCUAAAAACAGAUCCUAGAUGGAUUUUAUUUAUAGAUUAUGAACUCGGUUUGACGCUACCUCUUUGAUAUAUCUUAACAGAUGAGUCAUGUUUCUCAUGGUUGUCGUAUUAUACAACUGCUGCGGAUGAAAAUUCUUUAAACAUUUGCCAAGUUUAUAGUAACUACCUGAAUUACAGUCUUCAUCUUUUAUUUGUCAAGUUCUGUACAUUCUACAGUCAUUUCAUGUCAAUUCAUUGUAGUAUUUCUUUUAUUUCUCAUUUGCUGUUAUACGCGCUUUGUUUACAAGUCUACCAGAAUUGUCCCUGAUACAAGUGACAUAACAGUAAGUAGAUCAGAGUUCUGUUUUUAAUGGUCACAGGCGAGGAAAGGACAUGACUGAUACAAAGAGCUUUAAAAACCAUCUGUAAAAGAAUGUAAAAAAAAAAAAAAAAAAAGAAAAUCUUGUUCUCCUUUCUUUGCCUUUUCAUAGAGUGUAGCUGCAGCCUUGGUUCUGCAGCUUAUGUACACAUCAUUUGUAAGAUGUUUUGAGGAUGCACAAAGAAAGGUUUCGGGGACAAAAAAGCUGAGAGCAAGAGGCCAUGAGAAUUAAAGUGGAAAUCAGGUAGACCAAGGCUGCGUGGUCAUUGUGAUGAAACAGACAGGGUCAGGCUAAGCUGAUCAGCUGACCUCCGGAUGUCAUGUUAGCCUUGUCCUUAUCGCAGGUCCAGCCUCUCUUCACUUUUUUAACCAUUAUACAUUCCUGUCACUCUUGCAUCAUUUUUGUUGCUUUAAAAGGGUAAAUGCAGGUAAAAAAUGUAAUAAUUGGAACAGAUGAUGGAUUAUUUUUUUACUACUUUUUUUUAUAUGUUCUGUACAUGUUGGAAUGAAAUCCCAUAUUAUGUAUUUGAAUGGCAAAUGUUAAUCAGGCAGCAUUGAUGUAUGGAAUCUGGUUGAAUUUGUUAAUAUAAUUCAGUCAAGUUUCUGUUAUGGCACUGUCACCCACUGGAUUAUGUAUGUAGUUUUAUUUCCUAUAUUUUUCCUCCAUGUUCACUAUAAAUGUUCCCUUCAGUGUUAAAUAAUAAACUAAACACACAGUGGUUUCCAGCAGA